AUGGCAUCAGCGAACGGCAGCUUACCACCACUACCGCUUCCUGCGGGUAUUAAAGAUGACUACGUAGAUUGCACCUCGACCUGCGGCCUUAAAUUCCAUGUGUUGACGGCUGGCAAACCGGGUCAACCACUGAUCCUCUUCUGUCAUGGCUACCCAGAGCUGGCCUUCUCGUGGCGAAAGGUUCUUCCCUCGAUCGCGCAGGCGGGAUACUACUGCGUGGCCAUGGACCAGCGAGGCUACGGCCGCACGACCGGCUGGGACAAUCGAUCUUUCCACGAGGUUGAUAUGUACCAAUACACCGUCACCAACCUGGUGCGCGACCUCGUGUGCUUGACGUACAAGCUCGGGUACAAAGAAGUCGCGUGCAUCAUCGGGCACGAUUUCGGCGGCGUGUCGUCCGCGUCUGCUGCGUUGUGUCGACCGGAUGUCUUCAAGUCUACCGUCCAGAUGAGCCAUCCGUUGCACCUGCCGCCGCAGCCGACGUUCGGCGACGAGGUUCCCAAGCCAAAGGGAGACAUUCAGGCUGAUCUGGCCAAACUGGAUCCUCCGCGCAAGCAUUACAAAUGGUACAAUUGUACUCCCGAGGCGGCGAACGAUUGGUACAACCCGCCUCAAGGCCUCGAAACGUACAUGAGGGGCUACUGGCAUCUCAAGUCGGCCGAUUGGGACAAGAACAAGCCGCAUCCGCUCAAGGAGUGGAGUGCAGAGCAGCUGGCCAUCCUGCCGGAGUACUACGUGAUGCAGAAGGACGACACCUUCCCCGAAAGCAUCGCGAAGAACAUGAAAGGCGAGGACAUCACCAAGACCCAUUCCUGGCUGUCGCCCGAGGACUUGACCGUCUACGCCAACGAAUGGCGGCGCACUGGAUUCCAAGGGGCUUUGAAUUGGUAUCGAGCGCAGACCGCGUCAACCCCUCAGACGCAAAAGGACAUGUACUUGUUCGCUGGCAAGCGGAUGGAAGUGCCGUGCGCCUUCAUCAGCGGCAAGCAGGACUGGGGCAACCAUCAACAGCCCGGCGCCUUCCAGUCGUACGACGAUCCGAACUCGGUGAAGCCUGGGUGCUUCCGAGGGAUUAAGAUGAUUGAUCACGCGGGCCACUGGGUGCAACAAGAGCAGCCGGCAGCAGUCAUCAAGGAGCUGUUGGGCUUCUUGAAAACUUUGUAA